AUGUCUCUGGGAGUGAAUGGCUCAUGGAGGGGCUCUGUCCCAUCCUCCAUCCCUCCUGCCUUCCUUUCUCACCUCUCCCCCAGCACUGACCUGGGAGUCGCCAUCUUCCUCAUCCUCACAGGUGUAGUGUCAGUGGUUGGGAAUGGCAUAGUGCUGUUGGUUUACUGUAGAAAGAAGAAGAAACUCAGACCACCAGAACUCAUGACUAUUAACCUGGCCAUCUGUGAUUUUGGAUACAGCCUCUUGGGGGCGCCAUGCCUGAUAAUUUCCAGUGUGUCCCAUGGCUGGGUGUUUGGGGAAGCAGGGUGCCUGUGGUACGGGUUGCAGGGCUUUGUUUUUGGGAUCGGCUCCCUCAUCACCACCUGUCUCAUCUCUCUGGACCGCUGCCUCAAGAUCUGCAGCUUCAGAUACGGUCAGUGGAUCGAGAGACGUCAUAUGUCCAUGUCCAUAGGGCUGGUGUGGUUCUACUCUCUGUUCUGGGCCUCCCUGCCUGUCUUCGGCUUCGGCAGCUACGGACCAGAACCCUUUGGGACCAGCUGCACCAUCAACUGGUGGGGGAUGAGGUCAUCUUUGAUCGACAGGCUCUACAUCUUGCUGAUCCUGAUCAUGUGCUUUUUUCUCCCCACACUGACCAUCGUCGCCUCCUACAUGACCAUUCUUCUGACGGUUUACCGUUCUAGUCGCGCUCUGGCAUCUAUUCCCUCCUCAACUGUCACUCACACCAGCAAAGACCUGAGACUCACAAAGAUAGCAGCUGUGGUGUGCUCCACCUUCCUCUUAUCCUGGACUCCCUAUGCCAUUGUCUCCCUCUACUCCGCCUUGGCCCCCAAGGAGGAGCAUUGGGCCGGGGAGGCCAUGCAGGGAGGAGGCCCCUCCAUGGGGACUGGAGGAUCCACCGGGAUGGCCUCAGCCUUCCCAAACAUCCCCAACAUUAUGGGUCUCCUCAAUUGGACCUCCACGGAAAACUACGGAAGCAACUACGGAAGUGUCUACUACGACCCUGGAGAAUCCUUGCGGGACGUGACCAACCCAGAUCCAUACUCCUAUUCUGGUUUAGGCCACAGUCUGUCUGCUGCUUCCACACGCAGUUCAGCCCCAGGCCAGGAGGGGGAGUCGGAGACAGGGAGCAACCGGCCGGUGUCCUGCCUGCCACCUAUGGUGUCUCUGAUACCAGCAAUGUUCGCCAAGUCUCACUGCAUGAUUAACCCUUUCAUCUACCAGAUCAUGAACAAGGAGUUCAGAGAGGACGUGUACGACAUACUGUUUGGGAGACAGAACGGGGAGAGGAGGAGAAUGCAGGGAAGAGCAGGGAGCUACUCUGACAGUAAGGAGUCUUUCAUAGCUACAGCCCCCAAAGGCAGCCUCUCCUACUGCCACAGCUGGCGAGGGAGGAGCAACCCCAAGGCCAUGCCCAUGGUGGAGUUGGGGAAGAAAGAGAGGGCUGGCGACACCAUCUCGGUGGGGUGGGACGCCCUGGGCGUGGCCUCGCUGGACACACAGGUCAACAUGGACGGGCAGAGUCUGAGCGAGGCAGGGAGAGAGCUGGGGGGUUCCACCUCUAGUAGUCUGAUGACCGAGUGA